AUGGCUACUGCACUGCUACCAUUUCCGUCAUUCCCAGUACAUGAUGAAAGCACCUCCAUAGGGCCAAGAUGGACAAAAUGGGUGAAGCGUUUUGAGACAUAUUUGGUUGCCCAGGGAAUUACUGAUGAUAAGAGAAAGCGUGCCUUACUAUUAUAUUCAGCUGGGGGUGAGGUAGCAGAUAUUUUUGAUACCCUACCAGAUACUGGUGAUGAAUUCAAGCAAGCCUUGGAAGCACUGAAUAAAUACUUUGUACCCAAAGUAAAUAAAGCAUACGAAGUUUAUGUAUUCCGAAAUGCAUCACAGAAACCUGGUGAAACAUUAGACAGUUAUAACGCACGUUUGAGACAACUUGCAAAGACAUGCACAUUUCAUAAUGAAGAUGAAGAGAUCAAGUCACAAAUAGUACUAUCUACAACAUCAGCAAGGCUGAGAAGGAGAGCACUCAGAGAAAAUGUGUCAUUAAAAGACAUUCUUGAUGCAGGUCGUGCUUUUGAAAUAUCAGAACGUCAAGCAAAAGGCAUAGAGGACACUGAUAGGGAGAGAGGUCAGAUCAAAGGUCCAACUAGAAAUGAUAUUAGUAAGUCUUGCUUCAGAUGUGGUGGCAUAUACCCACACAAAGAUACUCCAUGUCCAGCAUACGGCAAAGCAUGCAAAAAGUGUCAGAAAAUUGGACAUUUUGCAAAAGUAUGUAGGAGCAAUAAUAUACAGCGAGCAAAAGCAAUUGACAUCCACGAAGAUAAUUCUACAGAUGAUGAAUAUGUAUACCACAUAUCAGUAUCCCCAGUCAUUGAUAAAUUUCAACCACAUACACAAGUCAUGUUAGCAGGACAACCGGUAAAAUGUCUCAUUGACUCGGGAGCUGGUAUUAACAUCAUAGAUGAGCAAACACUGCAACAAAUUAAAGGUGUUCAAUUACUUCAAUCAUCAAAGAAAAUAUACGCUUAUAAUGCUGUAAAACCACUUCCAGUAAUAGGUGAAGCUGAGAUGACUGUACAAUCACUUGUAACUAACCAACAGUUGACUGAGAAUUUCUGUGUAGUUAAAAGCACAGGAGGAAAUUUGUUAGGGUGUGAAACAGCAGUGAAUCUUGGAUUGCUACGCAUCAUGAAUAAUGUACAUUCUACAAUAAUUGUACCCACAGUUGGGAAAAUAGUUAAUGAUUUCAUGAAUCGUUUAGAGGGCAUUGGAAAGAUGAAACAUGUUAAAGCAAAAUUACAUAUUGAUAAAUCAGUUAAACCAGUCGCUCAACAGCAUCGUCGUGUUCCAUUCCACGUUCGAGAUAAAGUAGAGAAAGAGUUACAGAAAUUGGAAGAGUUAGACAUAAUAGAAAAGGCCGUAGGUGCAACACCGUGGGUUUCCCCGAUUGUUGUUGUGCCAAAGAAAGAAAAUAUUCGUAUUUGUGUUGACAUGAGAGCUCCAAAUACAGCUAUAGAAAGAGAACGUCACCCGAUACCGACAAUAGAAGAUCUGAUAGUAGAUUUAAAUGGUGCUACAGUGUUCACCAAAAUAGAUUUGAACAAGGGAUAUCAUCAAAUAGAACUGGAUCCUGAUUCAAGACACAUAACCACAUUUGCCACACAUUUAGGUUUAUUUUGUUACAAGAGACUAAGUUUUGGCAUAAAUUCAGCGGCAGAAAUAUUUCAGAAGGCUGUCUCUGAUGCACUGCAAGGAAUUCCAGGUGCUAGAAAUAUAUCAGACGACAUAAUAGUAUUCGGCAAGGAACAGACAGAUCAUGAUGACCAAUUGAAAGCUGUAUUGCAGAGACUAAGAGACAAUAAUAUUACUGCCAACAGAGAGAAAUGUGAAUUAAGUAAGUCAGAAAUCACAUUCUAUGGGCAUACCUUUUCUGCUAAGGGAGUAUCAGCUGACAAUAAGAAAGUAUCAUCACUACUGAAGGUCAGUGAACCACAGGAUGUAAUGGAAGUCAGAAGUUUUCUUGGCAUGGCACAAUACAUAGCCAGAUUCUCACCAGACUUCGCAUCUAUAUCAGCACCCAUACGAGAGCUUACUCAUCAAGAUAUACCAUGGUCAUGGGGCCCAAGACAACAAAAGUCAUUCAGUGCACUAAAAACUGAAAUGGCUAGUAAGAAAGUGAUGAAUACUUCAACCCAGAGUAUAUACAGAGAUUAUCGUUGA